AUGUUUGCUGUUCCUGAUGAAGAGUGCCAAGAAGAGAUGUAUCCUUUAAUGAGCAGGUCCGAUGAAGCCAGAUGGCAGCAUGAAAUGCGAAAACAACUGGGAAACAAAAAUGUCUUACAGAGACCUGGUAUUGUGCUUUUAUGUGUUUUAAUAGGUCUAUAUAUGACCACUCAAGCACUGGUUAUAACGCCAUCUAUUGAACUGCAGUUGGAUAAAAUCUGUUCUGGGAUAGCAGAACCACAUAACUCAAUGAACUGUGAUAAACAGAUAGUUCAAAAGUCAGCGUCUAACAUUAGGAUGGCUAUAAUGGUGAUCCGGGGUGUUGUGGGCACUUACAUGGCUGGAACUCUUGGCAAGAUAUCAGAUCGUAUUGGCAGACGCCCUAUCUUUAUAUACAUUGCGGUUACGGAACUAAUCCAGAUAUUGUUUCUCUACAUCUUCUACUUUACACCAUACUUGCCAUUCACAACUGUCUAUAUGAUAUUAGUUCACACUAUAAGUGCAUUAAGCGGGGAUACUAUAGCGCUUCUUUCAACUACGAAUAGCUAUAUCUCAGACAUUGUCGAGCCAGAGGAACGUACUGCAUGGUUUAGUAUGACAAUGAGCAUCGUAUACACUGCUGUGGGUGUUGGACCCUUAGUAAGCGCAUUGAUGGUAGGGGCGAGCAGCACGAAAAUAGUCAUUCCUUUUUAUUGUUCUAUCGUGGCUGCGACGCUAUUUGUUGGUUGUUGCAUUCAGAUGGCGGAGUCAAGACACGAGGAGGCCAUGUCUAAGUCCAACGAGGACCAGAGAGUUGCGUCAUCUACCGGUUCUACGAACCUGCUGCACUUUCUCGCUCCCGCUAAAUUGCUGUGGCUGCCGGCGACUUUGAAAGGCUCUUUACGGCCGCGGUACACAGUAAUUACCCUACUGGUACUUCAGGCAAUGUUCAGGACAACAUGUAUCGAUAUAAUGCCGACAGUUUCACUGUACGCUACGUACGUGUUCAAUUGGGGGUCACAGAAGCUUGGUUACUAUAUUUCAGUAUAUGGAAUAUCACGUGCAGUAUUCCUAGGUUUACUAUCACCAAUUUUGCUUCGCUUCCUUCAGAGCCGAAAGCCGCCAAACCCCUCUGCAAUUGACGAAGGGGACGUAAUUACAAUUCGAAGCUCACUAGCGUUUGCUACACUUUCACUUGCUGUGGUUAUCCUAGUAUACAAUGAGGUUGCGCUCUAUCUUUACGUUUUCAUACAGGCGUUUUGUGGUCUCAUAAUACCUACAAUUCAUGCUGCAUCGUUGAAGUACGCACCUGCCGGUAAAGCAGGGGAAUUUUUAGGUGCUAUCGCUUUAAUUGACGGUAUUUGUGGUUUAGUUUUUGGUCCAGUUUUCCUUUCCAUAUACAAACUAACUGUGUCAUCCAAUCCGCAGUUUUUCUUAUAUAUUUCCAUGAUAAUUGGGACUGCUGCAUUGGCAACCAGUUACCUGCUAAAACCCUAA